AAGGAACUAAACAGAAACGACCCUAACACUGACUCUGAUUUCCAAUAAGAAAUCGUGGUAACAUGAAGUUCCCCACUUGCGGCCGUAAAGACAGCUCCGACCAUGAAUAUGAAUUCAAAGAAACCGUAUCGUGGACCGUGGCAAAGACCGGUUCCGCACAUAAGCAUCACCAUCAUUUAGAAGAGGGUCGACGGUAUUGCGAACUAGACGAAGAAGGCAACUUGCGUUGUCGCAAGCUGACGACAUACGAGACCAAACUGGAGGAGGACAUUGAGAGUUUACAGGAUGCCCUCUUCACAAUGACCUCGCACUAUUCGCGAAUACAGUUUCGUCUGCGGCAGAUAACGAAUUCUACGGGCUCCGAGCGUUGUAAUCUUCUAAGGGAACUGGAACGCAUAACAUGCGAGGGCCUCGAUGGCAGAAUGGGUCUGGAAGAGAUGCCCAGCCUAGAGUGUGACGCUAAGAGUAUGGGGAAUGUACGUCUCAAGCAGCGCAAGAUCAUCAGUCAGCUACGGGGAAAACUAAAGGACCUGGCCACAGAAUCGCAGGGUUGCUUUGAGACGGAUGAGGGUGACGGCUGCUACGGUUUGACGCGUCGCGGCAAAUAUAACGAUAUAAGCAUUCGAAAGGAGGGACAGGAUGGAGGAGAUGAAGCCGAUACGACUGUUACAAUUGACGAGUAUGGAAAUAUGACGCCACCCAGCGGCAAGGGCUGUAUGUGCUGUACGUGUCAGAAGAGAUUGGAGCGCAUGGAGCAAGAUCUCACAGAAGCCCGUCCAUACAAAGAGCCAGUUAAGCGUUAUCUCCCCGAGACCUGGCAAAAAGACAUUCCGGACAAGCAUAAGAAAAAGAAGUCCAAGUCUAAGUCCAGAGCCAAGUCAAAGUCACGUGGUGUUGGCGGAGGUUUCAAAACAGACAAGCUUUGCGGCCGAGACUGCAUUUGUACUAAAGCGAAACCAUCUGUCUCCUCCAUUCCAAAAUCAUCUCACUCCACAGUGCGGGGCUAUCCUACCACAUCUUAUUCAACAGUUCGUAACUCGAAGAGUUCACAUAAUUCAAAAGCUUCUAAUGCCUCAAAGCCAGCAAAUCUAUUUGGAAUUAGUGGCUUUCCCAGACCAUUUAAUUCCUUUCUUCAACAAAAUGCUACUCGGAAUUCGAAUGACAAGAACAGCAAACAGUCCAAGUCUUCCUCCGGCUACUACAGUCCACUACGAACACCUAGUGCCCAUUCUCGCGCCACUCGAGCAAGCAGCCAUUCCCAUAUCGCCCCAGCUGGCAGCCAUUCUCAUGGCACUGGAGUUGGCAGCCAUUCUCAUGGCAGUCGAGCAAGCAGCCGCUCUCAUAUCGCCCGAGCUGGUAGCCAUUCUCAUGGCGCUCGAACUAGCAGCCACGCUCGCUUUGCUCAAGUGAAUAACUAUUCGCGCGGAAAUUUCCAAAAUUCCACAACGAAUGCUAAACAGUGUCCUUGUAGUGCACGUCGUGGCCCUGUUUCGAAUGGUCGUAGUUACGUACCCCAUGGCCGUCUAAUUGCCAAUUCUCUGCAGCCGAGGGACAGCGAUCGUCGAACAUAUAGUCAGGCUUCAAAGACUGGCCUCAAUAGGGUGCCUAAUGCAGAGCGUCAACCACUUGACCAGCCUGGCCAACCGAAUGCUUGUGGAUGCCCGGGUACCUGUAAACCAAACCCUGAUAACGCGCUCCUUCAUGAUCUUAAGUGCCAGUGUUGUGUGUGCAAGAAACGAAUAAAAGAAGAUAACCUUACAGGACUUCAGCGCAGCCAAUCGGAUAUAGGCCCCAUUUAUGGAAACCGUGAAACGAAAUCACAAGCGAAUUUUUUGAUGGAGAGACCACUUAUUGUUGAAAAGGCACCCGAUGUUUCCAAUUCCAGAGAUACGUUGAAGUAAGAUGUCGUAAGACUAAGAUUGAAAUUGUAAUAUUAGUUUAGCUUAAAGCACUUUCAAUUGCGUACAAAACUCAUAUUGAAAGUGUUUUAAACUAGGUUAGGAUUAUGCUUUCAAUGCAUGUAGGAUGUUCAAAAAUACUUAUGUUUUUAAUAAAAGGCAGGAAAUCACUCACCAGUUUGAAGUA